AUGACCGAGGAAGUAGUGUCUUUGAAAAAUGCUGCAGAAAAAAUGGAUGUACUUCUUGACACGCUUGACGAAUUGAGAGCUUCGGUGACUCAGGAAAAGUUGACACAAAUAAGAAAAACCUUAUUUCGUGGACAAGGACAAUCAUUCGAUAAGAGUAUCACUCAUAAACUGGCCAAAUUAUGCGCAGAUGCAGAAGAUUGCGUUAAUAGAUUCGAACAAUUGCUGACCGAAUCAAAAAACGAAUUUCAACAUGCUGAGGCAACAGCGUUAGAAUGGGAAAUCAAUCAGCCGAAAUUUAUAACGGGAUCAAGUUUUGAUGAAGUACCAAAAAGACCAUCAAAUCAUGCUCAAGAAAUGCAAAAUAAUACGCAACUAGCGAAAAAUGAAUUACAUGGUAUUCUUGAUGCAUGGCUAGUUCGUGCAAAAAAAGAUCGAGUUUAUAAUGUAGAAUUGGAGAAAAUCGGAACGGAUGCUAAAGGACGAUUACAAGGAUUCAUGGUAUCCUUUAAUAAUGUAAUAAAAGCCGGCGUUUCAUUGACUUAUGAGGCGAAUUACGAGUCUACCAUUUUAUUAGUUUCUCGUGUAGCAACAUUCGGAUAUUAUGAGAAGAAAAAAAUACAUGAAUCGUCCGAUAUUCUUCUCUUUCAACGAAUAACACAACUCGCGAUUAAUGUUCUACAACAACUUGAUCAAAAAAAUAUUAUAACUGAGCUAUUGGACUGGAUAUCCAACUAUCAUGACCUAUUCUCACUUCCAUGUCAUAAAUGCUCGAAAUUUCUUGCCUUUCAAAAUCCCGACGAUAAAUUUCUACUGCCGAUUUGGCGAAUUGUAUCAGAACAAAAUGGUCGAAUAUUAUCGUAUCAUGGAGGAUGUUUGACUGGUGUGGUGAUAUUUGAAGAGUGA